AUGCUUUAGUAAAAACUAAUUUGGUUUCUUAAUUGGUAAAUCUGUAUAGCAAUUACAACUUGUGCUAAAAUUGUCUAAAAGGCAUCAUGUUUAAGUACUUGUGGAUAUUUACAAACCGAUAAAUGCUAAGUAUUCGAUAAAUAUUCAGAUGCGUUUUCAACUGAUUAAACUACAUGUUUCGAAGAUGAUGGUUUUUUGACUGAUGGAAUAGCUUGUUUACAAAGCAGAAAUUUCAUACAGGAAUAAUCUAAGUAGCGAUGGAAUUUAUUUCUGAAACGGCUCAUCAUGCAAAUUGAAGGAAUGUUGAUAUUUUAUUGGAACUAAACAUAAACAUUGUAAACAUCAAGUUAUCAGUUGUUGUACACUGAUGGAGCUAAAUGUUUCUCUUUGGAAAUUUGCUCAAGUUAUACAGAGCUGGAUGCUACUUAAGAACGGAUGGUACUUGUAUCUACUCUUAUCAUGUUGGUUAGACUAUAGGAACCAAAUUAUGUAGAUUAAAGUAAUGUGAAGACAAUAAUUCUGCUUGUAGUAGUGUUAUACAUGGUAAAGAAUGUGUUUCUAAUACAAAGAACUGUUUUUCCAAAAGCAGUUUGUUCAACAUCCUAAAUUUUAGAAGCAUAUACUGGAGGAAGAUUAGUUGGUAAAAAUCAAUUUUUUUGCUCAUUCUCACCUACUGAUAAAGUUAACCGAACUUGCAAGACCUUUACAUAAUGAACUGAUGCAAAUACUGGCCCUACAGCAAAUGAAACUAACAAGAGUUGCAAAAAACUUAAUCUGGAACUACCACAUCUUGUAUUACCAUAUUUGUGAUACAUUUGCAAAAAAUACUGAUUGCCAACCAGUUCCAAGCUUUGAUGGUCAAGGUUUCACUGUUUGUACUAUAAAAAUUAAUAAGAGUGUGUGCAUCUGA